UCUACGUCAGCACUGGGGCAGAAAGAUGGCGGUGUCCAUGGACAAGUGGUUGACUGCUGCUGCCGGUUUACUAAUAUGUUCUGUAAUAUUUAAUCGCACUAAUGCAGGAGUGGCGCCAGGAUCUAACGAUGCUCCUCACCGCCGGUUUGAAUACAAAUACAGCUUCAAAGGACCUCAUUUAUCACAGAGCGAUGGCACUAUCCCCUUUUGGGUGCACAAUGGGAAUGCUAUUCCAAGUGCUGAUCAAGUCCGAAUCACACCAUCAUUGAGAAGUCAAAAAGGCUCAGUGUGGACAAAAAACAAAGCAAACUUUGAAAACUGGGAAACUGAAAUUACAUUUCGUGUUACCGGAAGAGGAAGAAUUGGAGCAGAUGGCCUUGCAAUCUGGUUCACGUCAGACCAAGGACUUGAGGGUCCAGUCUUUGGCGCGACAGAUUCAUGGAAUGGCCUUGGAAUUUUCUUUGACUCAUUUGACAAUGAUGCAAAGAAAAAUAACCCUGCUGUUCUUAUCGUUGGAAACAAUGGAAAACUUGUUUAUGACCAUCAAAAUGAUGGUUCAACCCAAGCACUGGGGUCCUGCCUAAGGGACUUCAGAAACAAGCCCUAUCCAGUCAGAGCCAAAAUCACAUACUACAAAAAGUCAUUAACGGUUUGGAUAAACAAUGGAUUUACUCCAGAUAAGGAAGAUUAUGAAUUUUGUGCCAAAGUGGACAAUAUGAUUAUUCCAACUGAAGGUUUUUUUGGAAUUUCUGCAGCUACAGGAGGCCUUGCAGAUGAUCACGACGUUUUGUCUUUCUUGACAUUCAGACUGACUGAACCUGGACAACAAGAGCCUGUUCCCGACCCUGAGAUUCCACAAGAGGAGAAGGAAAAGUACCAAGAGGAGUUUGAACAUUUCCAGCAAGAUUUUGACAAGAAGAAACACGAAUUCCAAAAAGAGCACCCUGACAUCCAUGAACAGCCAUCUGAAGAUAAUUAUGAAUCUGUUAGUGACCGGGAGGUCAGACAGAUCUUUGAAGGCCAGAACAGAAUCCACCUGGAGAUCAAACAGCUGAACAGACAGUUGGGUAUGAUCCUGGAUGAGCAAAGGCGCUAUGUGACUAUAGUAACAGAUGAAAUCACAAAGAGAGGAGCUGUGGCACAUGGCCAGCCAGGACAGACUCCCACCGAAGAACUUGACUCUAUUGUAAAAGCACAGCAAGAGGUGCUUAGAAAUGUCAAUGAUAUGAGGAAUACAUUAACAGAGUCUCUCAGACUAGUGGGUAAUGUUCACAAUCAAGGCAAUGCUGCAGGGACAUAUGAAACUGUCCAGCACUUCAAUGACAUUAAGGAACACCUUCAUAUGGUUAAAAAAGAUAUUGACCAUUUGAUACAGAGAAACAGGGGGCCAAAUGAAAAGGUGACGUGUCCAGAGCUUCCACCUUUCCCAUCAUGUUUAUCUACAACCCAUUUCUUCAUGUUUGUAGCAGUUCAAACGGUGUUGUUUAUCGGUUAUAUAAUGUAUAGGAGUCAGCAAGAAGCUGCUGCCAAGAAGUUCUUUUGAUGAAAAGCGUGUUCAUUUUCUGUGGAAAUUAAAGAAAAAAUUUUGAUAACUUGGGGUGGAACCUCAACUUCACAGGAAUACUGCUCGUGUUGCAAGUGGAUUGUCCGGGCACAUUUUUAAUCCGUUUUAUAAUGCCACUGAACAGGUUGUUGCUUUGAUUUCCAUUUAAGUGCUAUAAUUUGUGUAUACAUUCUAGUAAGCUGUUUCCCCCAAUCUCAAAUGCUUACUCUUCUGUUAACAAUAUUGUAAAGACUGUAAGGAUAUAAUUAAAUGGCACUACUUAGACAAUUUUGCUUACAUAUUCUUUUCAUGCAGAAUGUUUUGGAUAUUUCAAAACAAUAAAAGUUUUCUACUGGGA